GUGGGUCACGUGACUCGAGACUGGCUGUGCUCCAUUAACAAACGCACCUCAUCCAGUCAUUGAAAAAAAAAUGGCUACCGCGGAAGUAGAGCGUAGACGAGGCCAGCUGGCUGCUCUGUCCAUAGCAGCAGUGGUCAUCAUCGUGGGAGUCCCUCUGUGGUGGCGAACAACUGAAACAUACCGCGCGUGGUUGCCCGUCAGUCAGAUUAAAGAGCUGGCUACCCUACAGCUACAGUUGAGUGCUGAUGUGGAGGUUGUGUUUGCACGUGGCACCGUGACACCAGAACAGCAGAAGAAGCUCCCACUGACACAGACACAGGAUGAGGAACACAGAGUAGAUGAGGACACAGCUUUGAGGUACAGGUAUGAGACAAGGUACCGCACAGCUACGAUCAUGGAGGAGGACGCCCUGAAGCAGCCCACUGCUGCAGAGGCAGAUCUGUCUCUGCAUACGCUCAGUGAGAGUCCAUGUGGUUCUUUGGUUGUGUAUGUGAUCCCAGAGUCAUCUUCACUGCUGCCUCAGGAUGUGGACGUAUAUGUUGGUCAGAGACGGACAGCUUUGCUGCGUAUUGGUUCCCAGAUGAGAGUGGGCAGGACACUAGAGCAACUGCUGGCUCACAUGGAGCCUCGGAUUAAACAGGUGCUGCAGGUGAUGUCUUUUAGCCACACCGACAUCACGGCUGCCCUGAGCGACAGAGUCCGUCUCAGCCCUGGCAGCAAGGAGAGCAUCGCUGACAGUAUGAGAGCCUUUAAAUCCAGUCCAGGUUAUGAGAUAACAUUCAGUCUUUUGAACCCAGACCCAAAGUCCCACCGACUGCACUGGGACAUAGAGGGUGCUGUGCAGUCCUACAUCCAACCUUUGCUUACAAAGCUGAGCCCUGUAGCCAACUUUAGCAUCGACUCUCAGACCUUAUACUAUGCCAUGCUUGGUGUCAACCCUCGCUUUGACAGCAGCCGCAGCACCUACACACUCAACGCUGACAGCCUCGCACAUGUCAUCAACCCUGUAGAGGCAAGACUCGGUUCUAACGCUGCAUCUUCCAACCCGGUGUUGAAUUUCCUCCUGUACGUCCCGGACGCCCACCAUUCACCCCUUUACAUUCAUGACCACAAGAAACAAGAAGUGUCCUCUAAUGCCUUUCACUCUCCUCGUUGGGGUGGAAUCAUGGUUUAUAAUGUUAAUGGUUUCUAUGGACCCGAGGCUGUGUUCCCGGUUGACAUCAACAUCAACAUGGCUAAAGUUAUGGGAGUCUUCCUCGCACAGCUUCGACUGCUGCUGGGUGUGCAGUCGUCUUCUCCUCCUCCUGGCUUCCUGGUGGCACAGGCUGGCAGUGCAGGACUAGCAGACUGGGAGCUGGAUCGGCUCAUGUGGAGUCGAAGUGUCGAAAAUGUUGCAACAGCAACCACCACCAUCACCUCACUGGCACAGCUUCUGGACCAGAUAGGCAACAUUGUUAUCAAUGACAACAUUGCUCAACAGGUGUCCAGUGCUGUCACGUCUCUGCAGCUGGCUGUGGCUGAGCUGGAGGCCGGGAACCUCGGUUUCGCUCUGCAGUACAGUAAAGAGGCCAUCUUGGCAUCGGAGAGAGCAUUCUUUGACCCUUCUCUCCUCCACCUCCUCUACUUCCCAGAUGACCAGAAGUUUGCUAUCUACAUACCACUCUUCCUGCCCAUGUGUGUGCCUAUUCUGCUGUCACUGCUCAAAAUAGUGUCUGAGGCUAGACAGAAACGCAGAGAUAAACAAGCCAAGAAGGACUAAGAAACAACUCAAGAAGAAGAAGAAAACGUGAUGAACAAAAAAAAACGCAUUAUAAAGUGUUUUGUGAGUGGCCUUGACAUCAGGUACAAAGGAAGCAUGCAGAGAGGCUCAUUUGCAGCAUUGAAGUGUGGAGUUUACAAAUCAGCCAUGUAUGAUUUUUAUUGUUUCAUGUGAGGAAUUGUGUUGAGAUUUUAAUGAAAGAAUGGUGUGGCUGUCUGACACUAUACUCUUGAAAGCUUGAAUUGUAAAUGUGUAAAAGUUUUAUAUUCGAAUUUCACUUUCAGUUUUAAGUUAUUAACAAAUAAAGACCAAGUUGUAACUCC